AGAAGUUUCCCCUUGUUCCCCGGCGCCUUCAGUAGCAGCCUAACAUGCAGGACAUUUCCAUCUGUUGAUCAGCACUUCAACUCGGCAACAGAAAAAAUGCACUUGUCCGCACUCCAUGGACCUUCGUAUGCCGUGACGUCAUCUCCAUUCAGCUGUCGAUAACGGCGGAGAGUUGUUUUUUGUUCUUUGGAAUUAACUUGACAAGCUAAAAAAAUAAGACUUUUGAGGAGAAGUCCAAAGGAUGGAGACCUUCGUCUACCUGCUCGCCCUCGCUUUGGCCCGGCUGUCCUGGGGUCUCGGCUACCCGGAACCCGGCGUGCACGGUGGCCAAAGGGCUGCCAGUAGGCACAGAAACUGGUGCGCUUACGUGGUGACGCGCACCGUUAGCUGCGUGAUGGAGGACGGCGUGGAGACGUACAUCAAACCAGACUAUCAACGUUGUACCUGGGGCCAGUGUCCUCGAGUGGCGUACCGGACGUACCGGAGGCCAAGAUACAAGGUGGCGUACAAGAUGGUGACGGAGAUGGAGUGGAAGUGUUGCCAUGGAUACUCAGGGGAGGACUGUCACGAAGGGCCGAGGGUGACGCCCGAUAAUCAGGUCAACGGAGGCCGACCUCAUGUCACACAAACAGGCCACACACCAGGCGGCGGACAGGGUGGAAAUGGUGACAGUGAAAAGAUAAGAAAGCUGGAGGAAACAAUCACCAGCCUUACCAAAGACCUCCACAACAUGCAGACCUCCAUUCACAAUCUCAACCAGCGUCUUUCAGGACUUAAUGGAGCUAUCGUGCCAGCUGAUUCAGCCCAGCCACACAUGAAGGAAACCAUUAGCAGCAUUCAGAACAAGCUGGACCAUCUGUAUAAUAGGACGGAGGUCCACGACCGGACCCUGCUCAACAUUAACAACCACUUAGAGAACGGCGGGGGCAACGACCUGGAUGGCGAUGCAGUCGGGGGCAAACUCAAGGGGAGCCAGCUGAACACACUAAAGGAAGAAAUACUGACUGAGCUGGAGAGAAGGGUGACUCUGUCCUGCUCCGCCUGCCAGGCCGGUGUGGAGGAUGUGAGACGGCAACAGGAGGCGGACAGAGAAAGAGUCCGAUCCCUGGAGAAGCUGAUCAACUCCAUGGACCAACAUCUAAGACAGAGCCUGCAAAUUCUUCAAAGUCAAACUGACCAGUCCCAAGCGUGCUGUAACCGCGUCACCGAGCUGGAGAAGACAUUGUCUGUUCUGGACGUCCAAGUCACCUCCACGGCCAACAAGUGUGAUACGUUGAAAGGGAGACUAGAUAAGGAGCUGGCUGGAACCGGGGGAACAAAGGGACGGGUGACUGAGGACAGGUUGAACGGUAGACUAAGAGAUUUAGAGAAGCGUGUGAAUAACACCGUUCGGAAAACCGAACAGCGGUGUACCAACAGCGGGAACAAUCUGAAGGACAGCGUCCAAAGAGACGUCACGCAGCUACGCAACAUGGUCCUCAGUCAACUGGACGAUCACGGCUUCAAAAUCGGAAAACUGGAACUUGAUGUGUCGGUUCUUGGGGACACAGUCACGGACCACAGUCGACGUCUGAGCCAGCUGGAGAACGUUACAACCUUCAUGGACAGGAAGUUAACGGCGAUUACAAAAAUGUGUAACGAGACAUGUGGGCCGAACGGGAAAGACCGCCAAAGCGAAGACACGGUUAAAACCUUAGAAUGGCGAGUCGUAACCAACCAAGGGGAAAUCCGGAAAUUCAACACAAAAUUAAACGACUUGUCCGUGUCAGGCGACUCGAUGGCGGAGAAAAUCAUAAACCUCGCAAACGAUGUGAAAAAGAUUAUCGCCGUAACGGGCAAAAACGGCGAGAACUUCAACCGGAUCGUUUCGGAAGUUGAAACUUUGAGCCAGGAUUGGGAAGACUGCUCCGUGUGCGGCAGCGUGGAAGACGAACUCCGUCUGCUGGCCAACAAAACCACCACAGAGAUCAACAAGUGUCACACGGAAUUGAACCAUCUGCAGAGAAAGGUGGAUUCAGGAAAAACGGCGUGCUCUCAGGUGUGCUCAAACCUCCAAGAAGAGGUGGGUCGACUUCGAGAGGAAGUGGAGAAGAGCAGCGCUCGGUGUGAAAUCCACAUCAAUGAUCUGACCAGUCGCCUGGAUGGUCACAACGACCACAGUGGAAGAUUAGGAGGGGAUCUGAAGUCCAUCCAAGGAGAUUUAUCUAAAGUAAUGGCCACCUUCCAUUCCAUCAACAACACACUGAAGAACAUGGGAACGACAAUACGGAUACAUGGGAAUUCCCUAAAUGAUCUGACCAACACCAGGGACAGGAUCCACACUCAGCUGGACAUUUUGAAGAAAGAUCUGAACGAGCACACGGACGACUCAAGCGAUCGAUUCGGCGGUCUCAGCAAAGACAUCGAAGUGAUCAGGAGCAACUAUUUCACCGAAGUCGGGGAGUGUCGGCGAACAAGCGACGGCUUAAACGGACGACUCUCCAAACUGGAAGGAGUCUGCAAACGCUUUGAUUCUUUUUCCGACAGCCUACUGAGGAUUAAGGAGGGCUUGAACCAACACGUGUCCGGUUUGUGGAAUUGUGUCAACGGACUCAACGUGACGGUCACGUCUCACGGACGUCUUAUCGAUAAUAUCCGGAAUAUCCAGCUGGAAAAUAUCCAUUCAAAGAUACACGGGAUGAACUCGUCCCUGCUGGAUUUGGCGAAGGAAUUCCAUGAUUUCAUAGAACAGGAUUUCACGGGCCCACCUGGUUUGCCAGGACCCAGAGGAGAACCAGGGGUGCCUGGACCUCAGGGAGCUGUGGGACCCCAAGGAAGGGUGGGACCUCAGGGUGAAACGGGCAUACGAGGACCGGCUGGACCGCCAGGCCUGAGAGGGGAACAGGGUCUCGCAGGGUCUGAUGCCCACGUGCCUCGCCUUUCUUUCUCCGCCGCGCUGACUCGGCCAAUGAGGGGAGCGGGGACCAUUGCGUUCAACGAGGUCUUUGUCAAUGAAAAUGGCGUCUAUGAUCCCAAAACAGGUUAUUUUACCGCUCCGGUCAGAGGGAGGUAUUUCUUCAGCGGAAUCCUAACCGGCCACAAGAACAUGAAAAUCGAGGCGGUGCUGUCCAAAUCCAAUACCGGUGUAGCUCGAGUUGACUCUGCCGGGUAUCAGCCCGAAGGCCUGGAAAAGCCCAUGGCGGAAGCCAAACACAUCCCUGGAGCUCUGGCGGUCUUCAACAUCAUCCUACCCAUGGAGGCGGGGGACACGGUGUGUAUCGACCUGGUCACCGGCAAGCUAGCGUACUCCUCUGAACCCUUGACCAUCUUCAGCGGGACCUUGUUAUAUGAGAACAUCUGAUCCAAUGGAUGCAGAGCGUGGACUCUUUUUUUUUUUUUUUUUUUAAAGACAAAGCUACCGGGACAGUUCCGAAGAAUGAAAUCGUGGAAGAGGAUGCAUUCAGGGAAUGGUUGUUAACUGUAAAGAUUCCAGUCGUUUGUGCUUCAACAGCUUUAAGGAAACUUUGCCAUCAAUUUGAAAAGCCACUGCAUGUUUAUCUUGCCAAAAAACUUGAAUUAUUAUACCAGGUGUCCUUUUCAUGACGUGAAUGAAUGAUAAAAAUCAACAUGAACGGGAUUUUUUGCUUAUCCACACACAGGUUUGUUUUUUUUUUCUCCAUGUUAAAUCAUUCUAUUGUAAUUACUUCUAUUAUUUUAAUGCUGACCGUUUCAUUUUGACCACAAGCUAAUUCCCAGAAACAUGAUGCAGGAUGCAGGAACCCAACUAAAAAGAAAGAAACGAGGGAAAUGAAGUGAGUUUAAAACCACUAUUCUCCACUGGAAAAAAAAAAAACAAAUGAAGUCAUCCACAGUUCAAGCAAAGGAGACCACAGGAUGAAACCUUGAGGAAGGAGCAAGACCGCCAUUGAUGAAAGAUGUGUGUCCUGUUGACCAUCUAAAUCUGGAUCGAGUUUAAAUAUUGUUUUUUUUUUUUAUCCUUAAGGCUCUUUCCCACUGCGCUGUUUUUUUUUUGUCCAAAAAAACAAAAUUUUUUGGAUAGCAAUUUUUUUACAUUUUGCACACCACCUCCAAGUGUGAUAGGACACUUUUGACCUGUAGUGUGUGUCGAGGUGUCCAAAGUGUGGCCUGGGGGCCAUUUGCGACACUAUUCUCCGCAGGGACUUGUUUAACAAUUUUGUCCAAAAAAACAAAGAUUAGCAAUUUUUUACUUUUUUUUUGUCCCCCCAAAAAAAAUUUUUUGGAUAGCAAUUUUUUACAUUUUUUACCGCUUUUUGUACUUUUAUAACCGUUUUUUGCACACCACCUGUUGAGGUGUCCAAAGUGUGGCCCGGGGGCCAUUUGCGACACUAUUCUCCGCAGGAAAAAAAAAAAUGAAGUCAUCCACAGUUCAGGCAAAAGAAACAUGGAGGAAGGAGCAAGACCGCCAUGAUGAAAUACGUGUGUCCUGUUGACCAUCUAAAUCUGGAUCAAGUUUAAAUAUUGUUUUUUUUUUUUUUUAUCCUUAAGGCUCUUUCCCACUGCGCUGUUUAACAAUUUUGUCCAAAAAAACAAAAGUUUAGCAAUUUUUUAUGGGUUUUUUUGUCCAAAAAAACAACAUUUUUUGGAUAGCAAUUUUUUUUUUACAUUUUUUUUACCGCUUUUUGUACUUUUAUAACAGUUUUUUGCACACCACCUCCAAGUGUGAUAGGACACUUUUGACCUGUAGUGUAUGUUGAGGUGUCCAAAGUGUGGCCCGGGGGCCAUUUGCGCACACUAUUCUCCGCAGGAAAAAAAAAAUCAAGUUAUCCACAGUUCAGGCAAAAGAAACAUGGAGGAAUGAGCAAGACCGCUAUGAUGAAAUUACGUGUGUCCUGUUGACCAUCUAAAUCUGUGAUAGUAUUCCAAAAUAGUCAACUAGUGAUGCGAUUCUAUGUACUGUUCACAGUCAGAUAUUAGAAUUUGCCGCCAUAUAGCGCCUUCUGAUGUAAAUAUUUACAUGGAGGUAGUAGAUGGAAUCAUUAUACGGCAUUAUGGGACAGAGUCUUAAAGGAAAACUGCACUUUUUGUGCAAUUUUGCCCAUUAUCUACAAUCCUUACUGUGACAUGAACACACAUCUUUCCCAUUCCUGGAUACAUUCAUGAUAAUAUGUGAUACUAACAGUAUUUUGGCAUACUUUGGUUAUUUUAAGCAUUACCCAAAUCUCACAAAUAUGUCUUAUUUAAGUAUAAAAUACUUUCUAAUCAUGCUUACAUAUAUUAUCUGAUUUUUUUUCUUCCAUGUUAAUAAAUUCCAAUCCACACCUUAUUCUGUUUCCUUGAAAAAAAAGCAUAAUGGGAAUAUACUUUUACUGUUUCAAUGAAUUGUACAUUCUUCAAGUAAUGUAAAUAUUGUUCAACAUUUUAGCCAUACAAGAUUUUUUUAUGAGCUGCCACUUCACCUUGCAAGGUACUGUAUAUGUUUUGUAUGUUUUUGCCACAUGUGUGCCUCAAAUACAGAUUAAGACCUA